AUGGGCUCCAAGUAAGUCAAAUUUUUAAAAAUUGAUUUUUUAGUAGUGGGUAGUACUGAAUUUUAAAACUUUUUUAAGUUUGUGUUUUAGUACUACUGAAUGGUACAAAAUAGUACUAAAAUUGAAAAAUUUUAAAUUUUUGGUGAUUCAGUAUUCAAUUGUGCUAAAUAGUACUAUAUAGUGAUAAGAUUCAAAAAAUUUUGUAUUUUUUUUUUGGUUUUCAAUGGUACUGAACAGUACUAAAACUUGAAAAUGUUUAUAUUUUGAGUGUAGGGUAUUAAUUUUGAAUGUAUGAUUACUCAUCGGUACCAACCAAAUAGUACUAAAUUUUAAAAAUUGUAUAUUUUUGAGUUUUUGGUACCCAAUGAUACUAAAUAGUACUAAAAUUUGAAAAGUCGUAAGUUUUUGUGUUUUUGGUACUCAUUGGUACUGAACAGUACUAAAAUUUAAAAAUUUGUAAACUUUGAGUGUAGGACAUUCAUUUUGAGGGUAUGAUACUCAUUGGUACUAAAUAGUACUAAAUUUUGAAAAGUUGUAAAUUUUUUGUGUUUUUGUUACUCAGUGGUACUGUAUAGGACUAAACUUUGAAAAGUCUCACAUUUUCUUGUUUUUGGUAUUUAUUGGUACUAUAUAGUACUAGAAUUACAAAAUUUUAAAUUAAAAAAUUGUUUUUUGUUAGUAAGGUUAUGAUACGUUUGUAAAAAUGUAAAAUACGGCCUUAUUAGCUUCGUCCAAGAAAUCGUUUUUUGACGCAAAAAUUUUUUAAAAUUUAAGUUUUUUUUAAAAAGUGCCAUUCUUGCCCUGUAAGAUUAGCCUGAAAAUUAAUCUAGCAAUAACACAUAACAUGACUAGCUCCUUUUCGAAAUGAAAAGACGUUUUUGUUGUUUGUUUAAUGCCGGAUUAUAUUACGUGUCCAAUUAGUUGUCAUUACUCUUAAGGAUUUCCUCUUAGUCAACCGUCUUAAGGCUCAUUUCUGUUAAACUUGCCUUUUUUAUGUUAUAGAGCGGGUCAUGGCAUCGCAGGGCAGGGCAGCGCAGGGUAGGGCAAGGCGAUGCAGGACAGGACAAGGCAGAACAGGGCAGGGCGGGUCUGGGCAGGGCAGGGCAGGGUAGAGCAAGGCGAUGCAGGACAGGACAAGGCAGAACAGGGCGGGGCGGGGCAGGGCAGGGCGGGUCUGGGCAGGACAGGGCCUAACGCUUGUAAUUUGGCACUAAUUUAAGCUGGGCGGGGUAAAAAUUGAUGAUUCAUUUUUUUCACAAAUUUUAAAAUAUUAGAUUAAAAAAAAUUUUAAAUUUAAUAAAAGAUGCAAGAACUUUCUUUACAAAUCUUUAAAACUGCGAAAUUCUACGAAAAAUAGUUCUCAUCGUAUAACUUGUCUCCCGCAGCUUGCAGAGCACUAAAUCAUCUUGUUUUGAUACAAAUGUUAAAAAGUUUCUUUACAAAACAAGAAAUGGCAAGAACUUUCUUUACAAAACAAGAAAUGGCAAGAACUUUCUUUACAGCCAUUUUAAUGCUAUUUUUAAACGUUUUUCAAUAUAAAAAUGCCAUUUAAAAUGAAAUCACUUUAAAAAUCGUUCCAAAAAUCUACAGUACAUUAAGCUUGUCAAAAAGAACGUUUUAAAGCUAAAGUUGUCUAUUCAUCUUCCGCCUAACUAACUUACGGCUUUCAUGUUGUGAACAUUACCAGCCCUGUCUAUACACUUUUACAAAUCGCUCGGAAAAUGUUUACAGACAGCCGACUUCCUGAACCCUUUUUUCAGACAAAUUUCUUAAAGGUUUGACGAGCUUUCAGCUUUGCAUAUUUAAUUUUUUUUUAAUUUUUGAAAAAUUGAAAAUUUGAAAAUUUUUAAAAUUUCGAAAAAAAUAUUAAUGUUAAAAAAUUUCUUAAAUUUGAAAAAAAAGUUUUUAAAUUAAAAAAAAAUUAUUUGAAGCAUAGAGUAAGCGCUAUAGGGGAGAGAGGUGAAAACAAGGGUAGCGCUACAGAAGGAGUGAUAGUAAAGUGAGGAUUACGGUGGGGCUAGAAUAAGAGCUCAACUGGGGGUUACGGUAGGGCUAGAGUAGGAGCUAAACCGAGGAUUACGGUGGGGCUAGGGUAAGUUUUGGAAAGUUGCUUGCGAAGGAUAAAGGUAGGGUUACCUAUUCUACGGUUAGGACUAGAACUGGGGCUACUGUUUUUGAAUACUCGACGCUGGGCUAGAGCUCUGGGCUAGGGCUCUGGCCUAGGGCUAGGGCUCUGGGCUAGGGCUCUGGGCUAGGGCUCUGGGCUAGGUCUUUUUUUGAAGAGCGGAAGUCGUAUUACCUAAAGUACUUGUUGUAUUGAGAAUAUUUGACAACAAAAGGUAUUAACUAUGUAGGGCAUCAACAGAUUAGUACAAGAUUUGUUUUGUUCUUUGCCAAAAUAUUUCAAGACUUUUCUUUGAAAUAGAGAAAUUUUUGAUCUGUAGGGCAUGGUAGUCUAAAUAGGGUAGAGUAGAGUAGGGUAGGGUAAGGUAGGGUAGGGUAGGGUAGGGUAGGGUAGGGUAGGGUUUAAACUUUUGACUUCUCAUUAUGACCUCUAAAAACUGUUUUUCAAUUGAAUUUUUAAACUUUUUAAAAUUUUAAGCUUUUUCUAUUGUAACCAAUACUCAAAUAUUUACAAUAUCUGUUUCAAACUCCAUUUUGUGACAUGCCGGUUUCAGUUUCAUUCAAAAGACAUGAACAAAAGUUAGAAAACUUAAUUUCUGGGACUAAUUGGGCACUUAAAAAAGGCAUACUUUGGGUUGUCAUGUCACUUUUGUUAUGACGUUCUGUUAAAGUUGGGGUUAUUGGGACUGGAAUGGGGUUUACAUUUUGGGGGUGGUACAGUGUAAAUCGUGUUACUGUAUGAUAGGUUUUUUUAGGGUUGAUACUAGGAUUUACUUAGGGUAAAGCUAAAGCUAUGGCCGGAGCUUAGGCUAGUGUUUACAGUAGGGAUUAGGCCAGGCGUUUUAUUGGGUUUUAAGAUAGGCUUAUGUAUCAGGCGACUUACGUUGCUGCGAUAUUUUGGCUGAGCUAUACGGCAGGACUUAAGCCACGUUUUAAGCAACGGUUUAGGCUAGCCUUAUGGCUUGCUUUGGGAUUAAAGCGAGAGCUAAAUAAAGGUGGGACUAGGUAUUAUGCUCGCGUUUAGGCUUUAGGCUUUAUGUUUUAGGCUAGGCUUUAGGGUAGGGCUUAGGCUAGGCUUUAGGCUCGGCUUUAGGCUAGGCUUUAGGCUAGGCUUCAAGUUAAGAAUAUAGCUAGGAAUAGAUAUAUGGCUUGGGCUGGAGCUUUGUUGCUUAAAACUAUUGCUUAAGCUUGGUCUAAAGCUAGCUCUAGGACGUCGGCUAGGGUUUAAGCUAGCGUUAAGGCAGGGUCGAAGCUUAUGCUUUGGCUAGGGCUUGUUACAAAACUAGGCUUAGGCUGUGCAUACCUUUGGCCAACUUUUUAAAUUUUUUUAAAAAUUUUUAUUAAUUUAUUUUUCAAAAAAAAAUUUUUUGAAACAUUUUUAAAGCUUAAUUUUUAAAAUUUCAGCAACUUUCCGCACGUGGUAGACUCUCCCUCCACUUCGGCCGAACACACCUUUCACUACCACCCCCAUUCUCGACCACCACGUCAGACCGCAAAUGUCGCCGGCUGGAGCUGGGGCGGGCUGUUCCAACUUGGCAUGCUUCUACUGCUUCUGCUGGCGGUGCUGUUUGUGAUUUCGCUGGUUUUCGUGAUUCUGCUUCGGAAGUUGGGACGUUGCCUGAAGCGACGACGGAGGAAAGUGUUGGCCAGGACGUUUAACCGAUCGCCAGAGGCUGAAAGUACCGCGCCAUUGUUUCAGUUCAGCCCGAGGAUGUCGACGGGUCAAUUCAAUUUUGGUGGGAGCUUGGGUGGAAGUUUUCGUGGCGGGACCAAACGAUUCCCGACGAUUCACGUUGUGGGUAGGUUUUGGGGUGGGGUAUUGGUUUUAUUUUGGCAUUUAUCAAAGUUAAAGGUCUUUAUGACCUUAUAUCAGUAGGAUAGGGCGGGCUAGGGUAUAAAAAAUUUUUUUUUAAUUUAACAAAAUAAAUUUUGAUACGGAAGUUUGGCUAAUAGCAAUAUAAAUCAGCGUGAUAGAAAGAUCAAACAGCAUAAAAACAGAGAGAAAUCUCAUAAAACCGACUCCCAAUUAUGUUUUUUUGUCUUUAUUGGAUCUAAUUUAUUACCGGUAUUUAAAUACCUUUCGAGUUCUGGCGUUUCACAAUAAUCAAAUUUAUUCUAUAGUAAAAGUUGAGUAAUCUAAUUGUACAUUUGUUAUUUAUAUUCUGUAAUUUAAUUGUUGCUUUAAUUAGUUUCGGCAUGACUAAACAUGUGAGUGAGCUUUAGCUGAAAGUUAACGUAAAUAAUCAUUUUUGAUAGGGGAGGGUAUCUUUUCCUAAGGGCUUCGAGCCUGGAUUGGGGUUAGUGUAAGGUGGUAUAUGAUAAUGUAGAGUAAAAGGGUACGAUAGAAUAAGAUAGGAUGGUAAACAAGAGGAACGGGUCGGGCCGGUCAUCAUUCAAGUUUACGUCGUGCUGGGCCUCAAAAUCAAGGCCUGUUCGGCCCAAAAACUUUAGCCUGUUUUGCACGUUAAAAAAAGUUGGGCCGAGCCGGUAGACAUGAGAAACGGGCCGGGCUUAAUUUUCAGGCCCGGCCCGAACUUUUGCUCAAGGCCGGCCUGGCCCGGCCAGUUUCUUAUGUCUACGGGUCGGAACUGGGUAGGGUAGGGUAGGGUAGGGUAGGAUAGGGUAUGGUAUGGUAUGGUAGGGUAGGGUAGGGUAGGGUAGGGUAGGGUAGGGUAGGGUAGGGUAGGAAAGAUGUAGGUUAAGGUCACUCAUCUCUAUCAUUCAAAGCAGUAUACGACCCGCCCGACCCGGUCCCGACAACAAACGUCAUUCGAAAUGUGUCAAAGCCAGAGGCUUUAUAUUAAAACCCAUUUUUUGUUCUAUUUUUAACAACUACUUCAAUAUGACCUUUGAGUUAUAUCGAGUGGGUCGAACCGUUUGUCUUUGAUUGAAAAAGGGCUGACUUUCUCAUAAUUCAAAAUUGAUGCUAUAGGGCUUUUUGUUCAGCUUUAGGUCUAUAUAAUUGUAGGCUCUUUGUUGUCCUGGCUCUUUGUGGUUAUGUUGGCAUUUUUAUUGGGUUGGGUGUACUAGUUUUUAUAUUAUACUUAAUGACAACGUAUAUGAGUAUUUGAAAGUUAAAAACGUUUGGUUGAGAUGACAGGAUAGGGUAGGGUAGACUAAAAAAGUGUUGUUGAAAUGACGACAAAAUUUUUUUUAAAAAUCUUAGCGUAGGGCCUAGUAAAAUAGGGCCGGUGCUAAUUUUUUGGCUUUUUCAACUUCUUUUAGGGCCAGGUUAGAAUGUUGUUAUUAAGAGUAGGGUAGAGUAAUUGUUAUUGAAGGCUAGUGUUGGGUAAUUGGACGCAAAGGGUAGGGUAACGUCUUUUGUAUGAAAAAAAGGAAAAUAGGGCAGUACUAGGCAAAGCAUGGCUAAAUGGGGCGGUAAAAAACAGGAACAUAGAUAUGACUUGGGUUAGGGUUAAGGAUAAAUUUCUGGUUAGGGGAAGGACUAAGUCAUGGCUAGAGUCAAGGGCAAGCCAGGGCAGCGGAAUUCAGGACAAGAAAGGACAGGGCAAGGCAGGACAGGACACGAGCACGUAAGAGUACUGCAGGACCAAAUCCGUAGUUAUGGCGUUGGGGAGAGCUAGAACAAGAGCUAGAGUUAGAGCUAGGGCCAGAGCUAGAGCUAGGGCUAGAGCUAGGACUAGAGCUAGGACUAACUAUGAGCUCUAUUACAUAAAAAAAUAUUUUGAAAUUUAAAAAAACAAAUUAGAAAGAUAAAAUGAAAAACAAGAGUUCCCAAACCUUUUACUUUUAUGAUCCCAUAACCUAAAUGGCUUUAUUUUUCUUUAAAAAGCUUAAACUCCAUGAUUUUCAUUCUUUCUGGGAACACAAGUUUUUGGCCGUUUUAUGAGUUGAAAUGUGUUUUAAAAGCCCUUUAUUUUUCGAAUUUCUACGUCAAAAAGCGUGUUUUGUCUAUGAAUUCGUUUUGGCAGGUUUAAUUUUGUCAAUUUUUGAGUUUGAUGCGAACAAAGGGGUUUUUGGGUAACUAGAGGGAAGGGGGGGAUGUGGUUUUAUGGGAAAUAUUGAAGUGGAGAAGGGUGGUGAAAGGAAAGGGUUUUAAGGUAACUAGGGGGUGGUUUUAGGGUAAAUAUUGGAGUAAGGAAGGGUGGUGAAAAGAAACUUUUUGAGGAUAACAAGGGGGUGGUUUUAGGGUAAAUAAGAAGGGGGAGGGGGAAUAUGAAAAGAGGGGGUUUAGGGAAAAUAAUGCGAGAGGGAGAAGAGAAAGUGGUAAAAAUUUUUGUAGGUUUUUAUGACUUCAGGCAUGCGAAAAGUCAACUUUUUUGGUAAAAUACGGUUGCGGGUUUGGGUUUUUCUAAAUUUAAAAGAAAUUUUAAAUUAAAAUUAAAAAUCAAAAAAAUUCAAAUUGCCAUUUUUUAUUAAACAGACCUUAAAAAAGAUUUUUUUAUCUUUUGUCAUUUUUAAACUUGAAAGUUAUACAUUCUGUUCUUUAUUCUUGAUUACAUUCUUUCUCUCUCUCUACCACCCCAAUUCGCCCUCUUUUCCCUCGCGCACCGGUGAAACCUAAUCGAAAGACAAGUGAGAAGAGAAAGGAAGAGCGGAAAAGAGAAAUGGGAGGUAUCUCUGGGGUCCAUGCAUCCUCAAACGGAUAAAUCUUUCGCCUUUUACUAAAGAUUUCCGUGCAUGGGCUCGCUUAUGAGCUCUAGCAAUUUUUGGGAGUCCAGUCGACAGGCUGGACUGAUAAUUUAUUUUUUUACUGAUUGGAUUGAUUAUAAAUCGUUUGCUGGGAAAAAAGGGGGGGGGGAAUUUUUUGAUUUUUGAGGUUUUUUAAUAUUUUUUUGUUUUAAAAAUAUAAAAGUUUGUUAUUUUGUGGUACCGUGCAUAGUACGCGAUAUUUUUUUUACUUGUAUAUAAAUAUAAAAUUAUAUCUUUCUUUGAAAUUUUUUAUAAAAAACAGCUUCUUUAACUCUGUGUUAUAUAAAUUUUGAUUUCGUAGUACCGUACUAUAUAGUGCGUUUUAAUAGAAAACUUAAAACGAAUUUUUUUUAUUGUAAGUGUAAUGAGGACCCCUUCCCCCCAGAAAAAAAAAUUUCGAAAACAGUUGAACGUGGUCCCCCUGUAAUUUUUUCAAUCCCCAGAACAAAAGACCCCGCCCGGCCCUGAUGGUAGGUAGAUAAUAUAUUACGGUAAGAAGGAUAUUUAGUGUAAAUGAAAGGCGAGGAAAUAUAUGGUAGAGUUUUAGUCUUCCUCCCUCGUUCAGUUCUAAUCUCACUUCAUAUUGUUUUUAUUAGGGGGCGCAGAAUUAAGUGAAUGGCUUAAUAAUUUUUUUAUUUUUCAACUUUUUUUUCAUAAACUCGUUUUUGGAAGUAAAGCACCACCCCAAAAGUCUGUUCGACUUUAAUUUUAUGCAAAAAGUGGUUUUAUCAAAUUUUUCGAAAAGUAAUUCAAUCAUAACAUUGUAACAUUUUAUUUCAAACCUACGCUUUAUACGACUUUUAUAAAGUAAAUAUGCUUUCAGAAUACCCUGUACAUUACGGUGCUGUGCCUCAAAUCCAAAUCCAGCCCAGCGACAUUGAGGACGGCAACAAUCUUAGUGCAUAUCGGCCGUUGUCUAGUAAGUUUUAACGUUUUUUAGGUUUUUUUGAGGGAUUUUUUUUAUUUUUGAAUUGCCUUAGCUCUAGCCUUAGUUUUAUCUCUAGCCCUAGCUUUAGCCAUAGCUCUAGCUAUAGCUCUUAUCUUAGCUCUUGCUUUAGCCCUAGCUUUAGCCGUAUUUCUAGCCGUUGUCCUAGCUCUACUCUAGCCUCGGCCUUAACUAUAGCCUUAACUUUAGUCUUUGCGUUAGUCUUAGCUCUAGCACUAGUCUCAGCCUUAGCAUUAGACUCAGCCCUAGCUUCAGCCCUGGCUUUAGUCCUUGUCUUAGUCCUGGUCAUAGGCUUAACUCUAAUUCUAGUUCUAGCUUCGGGCUUAGGGGCUUAG